UUGGUCAAACAAGGCUCCACAAUUCUUGGCAUCAUUCUUGCAUCAGAUCAUACACACCUAACAAACUUUACUGGAGACCAGAAGAUGCAUGCUGUUUACAUAUCUCUUGGGAACAUCAGCAAGGAUGCCAGAAAGCGACGAAAUGCCCGGGCAUGGCUGCUACUUGCAAAGAUUCCAGUGUUGAAGUUUUCGAAGACUCAAUUUUCAGGAAGCAAGUCGGAACAAGAGGCGAUUCCAGGGAUCUUCUCUCAUCGCCUAUUUCAUGAAUCUAUGAGAUGGGUGCUUGCACCACUAAGA